CAGGAUCCUGCGAUACGAUACCUAGAGGACUAGGUAGCGACUAGACGGACCGCAGCGCCGCCACCGCCGCUUGUUGUUCAAGCCGUCAUAGAGCUGCGUACGUUCACUCGCGCUCGAGUAUAUCUGCCUGCUGCCAGUCUGCGCACCCCAGCGCCGUCAGCCCGUCCGCGCCGCCACCACCGGCACCAACAAAGACUUUCACUCGCACCCUCACUCUCACUCUCACUCCUACCCACGACGACGACGACAACGCACUUCACGCCACCAUGGCCUCGCUCCUGCCUGCGCUCCUCGCGCGCGACAGCACAGUAACGAGCUACCGACCGACGACGUACUCGGACUGGGCUGCCUACCGCGACGCCUGCACCCUAGCCACCUGCCCGCUCUCCGACUCGUACUGGGCGUACCGGCCCUCGCUAGGCGCGAACGCGGCAUUCGCGGCCAUCUUCGGCCUCUCGCUGCUGCUGUUCCUCGUGCAGGGCGUUGUCAGCAAGCGCUUUCUUGGCUUUACGAUCGCCAUGGUCUCGGGUGAUAUCUUGGAGGUGUUGGGCUAUGCGGGUCGCUUGAUGAGCUGGAGUAAUCCGUUUGGCGAGAACGGAUUCCUAAUGCAAAUCGUAUGCCUCACCAUCGCGCCCGCCUUCAUGGCCGCGGGGAUCUACUUCUGCCUCUCACGGAUCGUUGCGACCUUCGGGGCCUCCAACUCGCGCAUCCCGCCCCUCGCCUACCCGCGCAUCUUCAUCCCCUGCGACGUCAUCUCCCUCCUGCUGCAAGCCGCCGGCGGCGGCCUCGCCUCCGCCCAGUCGCACGCCAACAAAGACCCCAACACCGGCAACAACAUCAUGAUCGCGGGCCUGGCGUUCCAAGUGGCCACGCUGGCCGUCUUCAUCGCGCUCGCAACCGACUUCUCGAUCCGCACGGCGCGCCGCGUGCGCGCGCUCGGCGACGCGCAGGCCCUGGACCCGGCGCACGCGCGGCUGCGCGCCAGCUGGGCGUUCAAGGGCUUUCUGGCCGCGCUGGCGUUCUCGACGCUGUGUAUUUUUACGCGCAGCGUGUACCGCGUCGCCGAGCUUAGUGAGGGCUGGACGGGGCAUCUGAUUGAGACGCAGCGGUAUUUCAUUGGGCUGGAGGGCGCGGUUGUUGGCGCGGCCAUGUUGGCGCUGAAUGCGUUCCACCCGGGCUUGUGCUUUAGGGAAGGCUAUGAGGUCAGGGGGAAGGGGGGGUUUGGGCGGAAGAAGCACGCGGCUGGGGAAGGGGCGGAGAAGAACGUUGAUCAAGUUGGUGAGAUUUGA